UUAAAUAUUUUAUAGUGAAAAAAAUAGUUGAGUAGCAACAUGAAAGCUGCAAAUAAGUAAAACAAAAGGUUUAUAAAGUUACAUAAAAAGUAGAAAAUGUUUUUAAAUUAUUAAGCAGCAAGAGUCUUAAACUUUAACAGAAUAAAACAUAAAUUUCCUGGCUAAAAAAUUAAAAAAUAAAAAUAUUGUGCAACAAAGUUGGCUGGCCAUAAAAAUGCUGUGGACGGGAGUGGGCGCAAAUUAGCAGCCACAUCAAUUUCAGAGCCGCUACGAGUCAAACUUAAUUAAAACGCGUGUUGGCCAGACAAAUUUUCGGACGCUGUCGAGACUUAAUAGAAAUUUAACCAACCGCUCGUGCCGCGUUCAACAAAUGCGUUGGUUUGGCCUUCAUCUUCCAGGCCAUGUCCAUCCAUGUCCAUGUCGAUGUUCAUGUUGAUGUUCAUGUCCGUGUUUGUGUCCUUGCCGUACUGAUCGCCCACUGAAACUGAAGCUGUUGCCGAAGAGUUGCCCAGAAGCCAGGAUGCAACCGCUGGUGUUGCUCGCGUUGAUGUUGCUGCUGCAACAGCAGCAACAACCAUUACUGGGGGCCAAUCUGUCCGAGGAGCAAUUAGCCAGGCUGACUGAUGAUGGAAGGUCACCAGCCGCAUUAAGCGACAAUUUAAAUUCAACGCUAGUACCUGGUAAAACCAUAAAAGCCAUUGAGCGACAGAUGAAAUCUGCAGAUGAAGUACCGCCACCGAUUGCCGCCACGGCUCUCGCGGAAAAGUUGCAAGUGACACCUGCAAACCAAUUACCUGUGAACACGCCGCCAACCUCUGCUGGCCCAACUAUUCACUCGACUACUAGAGCCCGGUUUCCGGAUACCUUUAUGGCUGCCACAAUGGUAACCGGAAACCAGAGUGAACAAGGCGAACUUAAGAGGAUGAAAAGUGCGGCAACCUUAGAAGCAAUCAACGCCACAACUUUAGUUCCAAAGGCGGCAGAAGCAGCAGCAGAUGUGUCAGUAGCAGCAGUAGCAGUGGCACCACCAUCAGCAGUAGCAAUAACUGCAGUAAUAGAAGCCACAGCAGCAACAGCAACAUCGCCGACACGGGAGCAACACAUGCUGCUACGUGGCGCCACAGCUGCGCAAAUGGCACGAAUAAAUGUACCAGCAGCAACAAUAGAAGACCAAAUUGGAAGAACAGUGAUUCCGAGCAAAACAAACAUAGCCAGAACAGAAGCAGCAGCAGCAGCAGAAGCAGCAACACCCACAUCCACUGUCACACCAAUGGCAGGAAUAAUGCCUGGAAAAACAAAGCGCAAUUGGGAGGACGGGGCCAAUAAGAGUGUUCAUAGAGACGGAAUAAAAUUCAAUCCGGAUGCGGCACUAAGCCCUGGCUAUGUAAAUGCCACAGAGGCGUGGCCAGAGAUGACAACUGACAAUAUAGUGGAAGUGGCAGUGGCUGUGGCAGUAACUGGGGUUGGGGCUAUAGAAGGGGCAACAGCAACAGCAGCAACAACGGCAACCGCAUCAACCAUAUCACCAGCACUAACGAGCACGGCCAGGACCAGAAUUAGUGGCAAGACGAUGCCCACGCCUCGGCUAUUGGGAUCGGGGGCGGUGAAUGUGGCCCAGAUAUUGGCCAAAUCCCUAGACAGUCCGCCACCAACCUCAUCCUCAGGCUGGCCAGUUAAGCAUGCCGCCGUGCUGGAAGGCGAUGUGAUCCUGGGUGGGCUGAUGAUGGUCCACUCGCGCGAGGACAGCAUCACCUGUGGGCCCAUAAUGCCGCAAGGUGGCAUCCAGGCCUUGGAGGCGAUGCUCUAUACUUUGGACCAGGUCAAUAAGCAUCAGCUCCUGCCGAACGUCACACUGGGCGCCCAUCUGCUGGACGACUGCGACAAGGACACCUACGGCCUGGAAAUGGCCGUUGACUUUAUUAAAGGAUCCAUCAGCAAUAUUGAUGACGCGGAAUAUCAUUGCAACAAGACGCAAGUGCGGAAAGUCAUAUCGGGAGUGGUGGGCGCCGCCUCCUCUGUGACAUCCAUACAAGUUGCCAAUUUACUGCGGCUAUUCCGAAUUCCCCAGGUAUCUUACUUUUCCACCAGCCCUGAGCUGAGCAACAAACAGCGUUUCGAGUACUUUUCCCGCACCAUUCCCUCGGAUCACUAUCAGGUGAAGGCCAUGGUGGAGAUUGUCAAGCGGAUGGGUUGGAGCUACGUCUCGAUUAUCUACGAGGAGAGCAAUUAUGGCAUAAAGGCUUUCGAGGAACUGGAGGAGCUACUGGCACGCCAUAACAUUUGUAUUGCCAUCAAGGAGAAGUUGGUAAAGGAUUCGGGAGUGGCCGAGGACAUCGCGUACGAUAAUAUAGUGCAGAAGCUGUUGACGAAGCCGCGGGCCCGAGGGGCCAUUAUCUUCGGUUCGGAUCAGGAGGUGCGCCAAGUAAUGCGGGCCGUGCGGCGGGCAAAUGCAACUGGUUCGUUCUCCUGGAUUGGAUCCGAUGGCUGGAGUGCUCGGAAUUUGGUAUCGGAUGAUUAUGAACCGGAGGUGGAAGGCACGCUGUCUGUGCAGCCGCAGGCGAAUCCAGUACGCGGAUUCGAGGAAUACUUUCUCAGUCUGACGGUGGAGAACAACCAACGAAAUCCCUGGUUUGUGGAAUUCUGGGAAGAUCACUUCCAGUGCCGAUAUCCUGGCAGUACCAGCACACCUUACAAUAACUACACCAAACAGUGCACCAAAAAAGAGAGACUUUCACGGCAGAACACAGACUUUGAAGACCAGUUGCAGUUCGUAAGCGAUGCAGUAAUGGCCUUUGCCUAUGCCCUGAGGGACAUGCAUCGCGACUUGUGCGGCGGUGGUCCUUCUCUGUGCGAGGCCAUGAAGCCGACAAAGGGAGCAGAUUUGCUCAAAUAUUUGCGUAAAGUGGAGUUCGAGGGCCUCAGCGGCGACGAGUUCCGCUUCGACGGUAACGGCGACGGCCCUGCCCGCUACAACAUCAUCCACUUCAAGCAGUCGCAGGCGGGCCAGUACCACUGGGUCAAGGUGGGCGAGUACACCGAGGGCGAGCUGCGGCUCAAUAUGUCGGAGGUGAAGUUCAAACGCCUGAGCCCCAAGCCACCGGAGUCCGUCUGCAGCCUGCCCUGCCUGGUGGGCCAGGCCAAGAAGUACGUGGAGGGCGAGAGCUGCUGCUGGCACUGCUUCAAUUGCACAACCUAUCAAAUCCGCCACCCGGAUGACGAGACCCACUGCAAGCUGUGCAAGCUGGGAACGCUUCCCGAUGCCCACAAGCAGUACUGCCGACCCAUACCGGAGAUAUAUUUGCGACCAGAGUCCGCCUGGGCCAUUGGUGCGAUGGCGUUUAGUGCAACCGGCAUCCUGGUAACGCUCUUUGUCAUGGGCGUGUUCGUCAGGCACAAUGACACGCCCAUCGUGCGAGCAUCAGGACGAGAAUUGAGCUAUAUCCUGCUGGCGGGGAUAUUCAUGUGCUACGGUGUCACAUUUGCCCUCGUACUGAAGCCCACCAACAUUGUGUGUGCCAUUCAGAGGUUCGGUGUCGGUUUUUGCUUUACGGUCGUCUAUGCUGCACUGUUGACCAAAACGAAUCGGAUUGCAAGGAUCUUCAAAGCGGGCAAACAGUCCGCCAAGAGGCCCUCCUUCAUCAGUCCCAAGUCACAGUUGGUAAUCUGUGCGUGUCUGGUUAGUGUUCAGAUACUCAUCAACGGCGUUUGGAUGGUAAUUGCACCAUCACAUGCCAUGCAUCAUUAUCCAACACGCGAGGAUAAUCUGCUCGUCUGCGAUUCGUACAUCGACGCCUCCUAUAUGAUUGCGUUCUCCUAUCCAAUCGUCCUGAUUGUAAUUUGCACGGUCUACGCGGUGCUCACACGAAAGAUUCCGGAGGCCUUCAACGAGUCGAAGCAUAUUGGUUUUACCAUGUACACCACCUGUGUGAUUUGGCUGGCCUUUGUACCGCUGUACUUCGGUACCGCCAACCAUGUACCGCUGCGCAUCACCAGCAUGUCGGUGACCAUCAGCUUGUCCGCCAGCGUAACUAUCGCGUGUCUCUUUUCGCCCAAGCUGUACAUAAUACUCAUACGCCCCGAGCGCAACGUGCGCCAGAGCAUGAUGCCGCCGCGCUAUGGCAACAUGCAUCGCACUGCCGGAACGGGACCCUCGUCCAUGAUGGCCGCAGCCGUGGUGACUGCUGCCACCUGUGCCCAGGAGGAGAAGAUCCAGAAGCAUAUCACGCCCACAAACACCGAAAACUCUCUAAAGACAAAGAAAUUGUGCGAAAUGGCCACUCAGACAAUUUCCAGCAUAAUCACGUCGCUGGACAUCAAUGCCUACAAUCAAAUACCAUAUGCCGAUCAAUAUGUGCCAAACAAUACCACAACGGCCACGACCACGCCCACAGAUAAGGGCAGUGGCAAUAGCAACAGCAACAGCAAUAGCAAUGGUGAUGGCGAUGGCGAUGGUGAUGGUGAUGAGGCAACGGAGCAAGUCGUGGCCAACAAUAAUAAAAUCAAUCAGCGGCAACAUGGCCAGCCGGCCGUGGCAUUCGCCAUCACAACGGCUAACAAUCACAUAAGCGGCCAUCCAGCAGCAACCAUAACAACAACAGUGGCAACUGGCGAAACAACAACAGAGCCGCUGGUAGCAGCAAUAACAACAACAGCACCAUUGGUAACGGUGGAUGUCACCGAAAUCGCAUCGUCCGUGGCAGCCAACAAUGGCCAUGGAAAUGGAAAUGGAAACGGGAGCCAACGUCCGCCGGUUUUGCAAACAAACUUAUAGCUAAACGCACAACAAUUGCAGCAGCAGUUACUGAAGGAACAACAGCGACAGCAGGCGGAGCUGCAACAGCACCAGCAGCAGCAGCAGCAACCUGCAACACAAAGCUCUUCCAGUGACACCGGCAGCACGGGCAGUGGCAGUGCCACAAAAAAACGUGCCGCAAUUCCCGUUUAAGCUGCCAUCAGAGAUUAGGGUUUCCCUGCAACAAUACGUAAGUAAGUGGAAAGUGUCUGUUGACCCAAGCUUUUCGGAGGGGUAGGGGUGUUGAAAAACCAGACAGAGGCCAGCACUUUUAAGUGCCUGCCAGGAGGCGACUAAAUUACAGGCAGAUGUGCCACAGAAAUAUCUUCUGAUCUUGUCCAAAAAAAUCUUGAAAGGAAUUCAUUAAAUCUUUGUUAAGAUUUGUUGUUUUUUUAUACAUUUAUUUAAAUUAAUUUAUCAUAAUAAUAUUCCAAUUUUCUUCUGAAUUUUCAUGUAUUAUUAUCUUACCUAAAAAUCUUUCUUAAUUAUUUUUGAAAUACUUCCUUCCUAUGAAAAGAUAUAGAAGAUAUUUCUGUGAUACCCAGGGGUAUCUUCAGAUUUUAAAAGACACAUAACAGGCCAGAGUGAAUUGAAGCAAUGUCCCAUGAUAAAAAGUCGACUACGCAACUCUUCCCAAAAAAUUAAAAAAAAAUCGAAUGUGUUUCUCCAUUUUACACUUCAGCACAAAAAUAAAUAUAUAGGCAUUUAAAAAUAACUUGUCAUAUUUAAACUAUUAAUAAGUGUUUAACUCUUAAGCUUAUCUAGUUUUCUAAGCGUUGUUUCAGAGCGUUCCGAAAGAAACAAAAAACGAAAAUGUGAUAUAAUUUCAAAAAUGUGUUUUCUACAAACCGAAGCAAACUAACAAAGCUAUCUGAUUAGUGAAUGUAAUUUAAAUAGGCUAAGCGUGGCAAAAAGCUGUACAGUGAGCACCGGGUAAAAGAGGGGAAUAUUUUUUUUUUCGAGGGCGCAAUUAUGUUCCAAAAGGGCUGGGUACUUCAGCCCCUUUGCAAUGUAGCAGCUAGGUAGAACAAUUACAAUUGCAUUUAUUGUGUUGUUUGAGCCCAUCAACAUGGUAGAUUUAAUUGUUGUCCAAGCUAAGGUGUACAUAUAGUACUUUAUGGAUAAACCUCUAGCUGUAGCGAGUCACCUUGAUGUCUGAGUACUCGGAUUAAUGUUAAAUGUGUGAAGCUUACAAUGUGCUAUCUCCGAAACCGCAUAGUUAAAUAUUUGUUAAAUAGAGCGCAAGUAAUGCAAAUUCAUGUCUAGCCAAAUCAUGGGGUACAAAAUAAUAGUGAAAUAUACUCGUAUAUUCGUUUUCCGUGUCUGUG